UGAGUGGCCAAGCUCUUACUCUCCAUGUUCUAACCUGUGUUGUUCUCGAAGUCAUCAUCCCUUCACACUAUAAGCUGGUCUUACUAGCCGAAAGGAAGACACCUAACAGCGACCCGAAACCUUUCCCCUUUUGUUGCUCGAUUGCACGUUGAAAUUUCACAAAAUGGCGACCUCCGUACGGCCACGCAGCAGCGACGGUAAGCCAAAGAGCGAUGCAUGGGCCAAUCGCUACCUCCUGGGAGAAGACACUUCCUCACUGGCCAUCCCACAAGACUCAAGCGGAAUGAGCGCCUCUAGAUCGUCCUCCUUCGAUGAAGACCGCAAGGCUCUGCGGCAGCUCCACGCGAGCACCCUCGCCACAAGUGCAGGGCUGACCAUGGGUCUGGCCAGCAGCAUCAGCCGAGAUCUGUACUCCAGCAGCGCGACGAAUGGUAGCAGCGGAUCAGGGGCCAACUCGAGAUGCAUAUCCCUGACAGCCCCAUCUACCGGCGGGGCGUACACCUCGCGAUCUUCACAGCCGUCUUCGCCUCUUCUUACCCCUUCUACAUCCUUUGCGCCAACCAUUGCGGAUCCGAUGUCGGGUGCACUUUCCAAAGUUGUCGGCUCUCUCGUCGAGCCGCAAGAGACACGGGACAAAUGGAACUGCAAAAGAUGCCACAGCAUAUUUGCCAGGGACGCCACCAUUUACGCCGCACCUUCCUCCGGCACCAUCUCCAGCUCUGCGGCUACUCCCGCCGCCGAGGAAUCGCGGGGCAGGCAACCCGCUGACUCUGCAUCUCGAAGCCGUAGCCGAGAUCGAUCCCCAGCAACACGCGGGUCCGAUCCGGGUGCCUACUACUGCAGGAGCUGCUACAUUGCACUGUACGCACUUGGGUCUUGCGCGGGCUGCACACACCCGAUACUCGGCACGACCAAAGAAGAUGGGCCUUUUGUGCGUGUGAGCUCGACCGACGAGCUUUACCACGGCCGCUGCUUCAAGUGUGGUUCGUGCGGCAAGGGAGGCGGCAAGCCGCCGCUGGGUGAUGGAAUCGAGAUCAUCAUCGGCAUGAAGUCAAAACCAACGUGUUUGGAGUGUUUCGACAAGCCGAUGAAGCUUGCCAGUGUGCAGCCGGCCUCCGGUACACACUCGCUGACAAUGCCACCAUCCGAGGGAGAGAUGCAGUCACAUGAGCUACAGGGACGGAAGGGUCUCAGCGGCAACGCAGCGAGAAAAACCAAGAUGGCUGCGAGCAUUGCCGAGCUGAGCAGGCGCUUUGGAAAGGGAAGUGCUGUCGGUGCCUCCUCGGGUACAGGCCUGAAAACCAAGAUGGCGCCACCUUCGCUCGUUCACUCUCAGCCUGUAGGCAGUGGCGGUGGCGUCACUAGUUCAAGGAGCACGAACUCCUUCAGCGGGGCAGCCUCCACGCCUUCGCCUGUCAUUUCACCUUCCUCCUCCUUUGGCAUGGGCAUGGGCACCAGCACCGGUCGACCCGCGUCGCCGACAAAGCCAAAGCCGCUAACCGCCCAAUUCACCGGCACGAGGUUCAAUCUCGCUGCAUUCCAGUCCACCCGGCCUGGGCAUCUGAGCAGGAGCGACUCGCGCAGCAGGAGCUUGAGCCCCGUUAAGCGUGCUUAUGCGGACGUACCGCAACCCGCAAACGCGAGUAAAGCGGCGGACGACAUAGUACCGACAGCGCGCGCGAGCUUCGACGUACCGCGUUCGACAUCGAGAGUGGACAGUAUGCCAGCUGGCAGCCACGCUGAGGCCGCUGCUGUGAGGGUUGCCUCGUCGAAGUGUGCCCUUUGCGGCUUUGGGCCAUUCGAGGGUCUGCAGAAAGGUGUGCAGGAGGCAGUCAUGGUUGGCUUACAGAGCGGCGAACAGCUGCAUCGCGAAUGCUUCAACUGCGGCGUGUGCGCACAUCCAAUCGACGCAAGCAAGCCUUUUGUCCGCUUGGAGGAUCUGCUUAGCGCGGGGGUUGGGGCUCAGAGCGAGCUGAGUGGUGACCUUGGCAGGCGCGAAGGGGUGCUCAAGAACAAAUAUGCUCACACGGCCUGUGCGCCAAUCUCGCUCAUUCAACGGCCAUCAGCAACAUCUGCCACAGGCGCUUCGCACACUUCGGCAACGCUCACCCCGCCUGCGUCUUCAGCACAGGAUCAUGCAACGCACCAGCGUACACCUCGUUCGCGCGGCUCUUCGCCUGCUCCCAACGACAAGGCCGGCCCAGUUCUUGUCAGCAGCUAUCUGCCCAAGCAGACGGGCAUUAGCGUGAACGCGAAUGCGGUGCGGACUGACAGCAAGGUUUCCGUGCCUGCAUCCAUACCUGCCUCUGCUCAUUCCCAUCCUUCUAUGCGAACGUUCAAGCCGACUGCGGGAGCGGCUCCACCGACCAAGUCGGCCUUUCUCACAGGUUCGGGUACGAGCAGCGUACAUGCUAACGGUACCCCGCUCCCCAGCGAAAGUAGCAGGAAUCCAGCGGCAGGAAUGUUCGCAACACAGCCAAAGAAGCGCGCCACCAGCCCCGGUGGUGUCCAACAGCACACGUGGGCUACCAGCAUGGGUAGUGGCACUACGACUAGUACUGCCCCUUCUGCGGCGCGCUUUGGCGGCAUGCAAGCGUGCCCAGCAUGCCAGCGCACCGUCACGGCGCUCGAGUCUGUUCCUGGCCCGCGAGGCACGCGCUGGCACCGCGCUUGCCUCGUCUGCUGCGGCGACGGCGGUGCCGGGUGCAGAGUGGCGGCGCGCAAGUGCGGCAAGAAGCUCGAUUCGGGCGCCAAGGUUGACGCGGAAGGCCGGGUUAUGUGUAGAGAUUGCUUCGACAAGACUAUGCGCGAGAGCAGGGUUCUUCUCGCCAAGUGAUGAUGCAGGCGGUACUGCUCGCUGUAUCCACGUGUAGAGGGCAGAUGCGAAAAGAACCCGUGUGCCACACUUGGCGCAACCCUACAUCUGUACUCGUACAUCAAUGCAUUCGAGUCUGUCUGGG